AAGACGGGGGCGAGGUGUACCCGUGACGCCAGAUCUAACUGUGUGAAGGAGCAGAGCGCAUCUUAGAGAUCACAGACCGAAGAUGGAGAUGAUGAGGACGUCUAUAAUGCAGCCGUCGUCCUGUAAAGUCCUGUUAUGUUGCUGGGUACUGAGCACCGUCUUCAUCCUUCGCUCAGGUGCGCCCAGUCUCCGAGGGCAGAAGGUGGUCCUUUUCGGCCGGCAAUGCAGCUACUGGGAGCUGAGAGGGAGCGUUUCUUUGCCGGCCUUAGACGAGUUCACGGUCUGCGUGGACUUGUGUCGCAAAAUCAACACUAGGCAGUGGACCGCCUUCACGUACAAUCGCCCACCCCAGCGCCUCUCGGAGGGCGCCCCGGAGCUGGGGCUGGCCGGGCACGGGCAGGCGCUGAGGCUGUGGCUGUUCGGCCGGGCCCUGGACGCGCCGGUCGACCUGCGCCCGUUCGCUUGGCACUCGGUUUGCCUCGCCUGGUCCGGCGUCGAGCAGAAGGUGUGGCUGUACGUCAACGGGAGCGGCGUGUUCAGCGCCGCCGUGCCCGACCGCCGCCCCCUGGCACCCCACGGCACCCUGACCCUGGGGGUGGCCCACGGCCUCAUCGGCGGCGAGAUCGUCACGGAGGACGGCAACAACCUCAUCGGGGAAAUCUACUUUUUCCGCAUGUGGGACAAACAGCGGAGCGCCCAGCAGGUCUCCAGCCAGAUCUGCGCCGAGGGCAACGUGAUUCGCUGGACAUCCGAGUACUGGCACAAUCACAGCUGCUCCCCUGUCCCAGAUCUCAGUCUCCCGUGCGGUGAGGCCCGUGGCUCAGAGCCCCAGUCGCUGUGUCCCGCUGUUGUGUUCGUGGACAGACUCUUGCCCCAGUGUGCUGGAAGCUGCAUGGAUGUCAGUUUCGUGCUCCUCUUCUUUACCCCUCCCUCCCCCGGUGUCUCUGAUCGUGCCACGCGAACCGUCAUUAGGGAACUGGUGUCUGAUUAA